AUGCACAUUUAUAUAUCUAUUCGGUUCAACCUCUACCAUUUAUUCUUUCUUUCUUUCCUUAUUUCUUUCGAUCUUUCUAAUACAAUUCCUACGUUAUUCGUGUGUAUGUCUGUCUACUUAUCUAUAGAUUCAGUCUAUCCUAACAACUCUCACUCUCCUUCCCUUUCUCACAAAAGUCGUAGAGUUAGGUUAAGCGAUAAACUAUCUAUCUAUCUAUCUAUCUAUCUAUCUAUCUAUCUAUCUAUCUAUCCACACAAACACAUAUAUAUAGUAUGUUGGCCGGUAGACGAAUUGAAUAAUCGGAGCGUCUACUCAAAUACUCAAGCAGCCACGGAUAUAACAUUUGGUUUAAUAUCUAUCUGUCUAUCACUACGGUCAGAUCACGAUGAAGACCGUUUCACAUCAUUCCGCCUUAUUCUUCCUCCUCCUCGUUAUUCGUCUUCUUCUUCUUCUUCUUCUUCUUCUUCUUCUUCUUCUUCUUCUUCUUCUUCUUCUUCUUCUUCUUCGUCAUCUUUGUCUUCUUCUUUGUACAAUGUCCCUUCGGAUAUUGUUUGA